GGUGGUGGGUCCCCAUGUGACCAGACAAAGGGAAGAAGGAGCCAGAGCCAGGCGGAGGAGGAGGAGAGCAGCAGCAGCAGCCUGCGCGGGAGACUGAGCGGGGCGCCGGGAUUCGAACCCACAGCAUCUAGCCAGAAUGCAGGUCCGUGGGCUAUUUGUCCUCUUGGUUCUGGUUCUUCUGGUGGCAUCUUCACAGGCUGGCAAGAAUAAAAAAGACAAGGUGAAGAAAAAUGGCUCUGAUUGUGAGGAAUGGCGCUGGGGCCCCUGUGUCCCAAAUAGCAAAGACUGUGGUGUUGGCUUCCGUGAGGGGACUUGUAAUGAAGAGACCAAGAAGCUCAAGUGCAAGAUCCCCUGCAACUGGAAGAAGGAAUUUGGAGCUGAUUGCAAGUACAAGUUUGAGAGCUGGGGUGGUUGUGAUUCUGCAACAGGUCUAAAGGCCCGUUCGGGUACUCUGAAGAAGGCUCUGUACAAUGCUGAGUGCCAGGAAACUAUUCAAGUGACUAAGCCCUGCUCUCCUAAGACCAAGUCAAAAUCCAAAGCCAGAAAAGGAAAGGGGAAGGACUAGAAGGAUGGAUACAGCCCCGCCAUCUUCAGGGCAUGGUGCUUGAACCCACUUGGACACACACCACUUGGAGCUGCAGCGUGGUCCCUCCCAGCUCGGCGAUGUUUUGCCAAAUCCCACUUAUUCUUCUGCCUCCACAACUUUGCCCUUAACUGAGAUACCAUUUCUAAUCACUAGUUUUAUAGAGAAGCCACCCCACCCUCUUCUGAUGAAGGUGCUAUUGACCUUCCCUUUAACUUCUUCUGCUGUCCCUGACUCUGCCACCUUCACCCCAGGCAUUUGUACCCCAGUGUUCUUUGCUCUGGUUCAUUUCCCAUAAUUCAGUCUGAUGUGUUUUGAGAUAGAUUGGGCAGAGAUGUGGCUAGUGCUAUUCAACUUUGGUAUCCCUUGUCAGAGCCAGAUGGCCUUCUGGUACAACUCCGGGCAAUUUUGUCUUGCCAUAAGCAAAGCCAUCCAUUAAAAUAGCCAAGGAAACUGGCUCAUUUUGGGGGAUGCAAUGGGGAAGGGAAGAAUUAUGAAGAAAACAGUGGGUCAGGAGCCCCACCUUGACCUAAAUAAAGAUACCGUAUGCAGGACCAGGAUGUUGACUUCUUUGGUGUUGUUCCUGCCCCACUUAGCUUUACAAGGGACUUGGGUUGUGAUCCUGUAUUUUCUUACCUGGAAAUAAGUGUCAUUGGACUCAGUGGGACUUCCUUCUCAAUAGACAUUCAUAGGAUUGCAUUGUAAAUCUGCCCACCCCCCUUCCCAUGGUGUAUGUAUGUACAUGUGCAACUUUUUCCUUUCCCAGCUCUCUCCAAUACAAGCUGGUUCACAAGCAGACUCAAUGUGAGGAGGUGUGUCUGUGUGUGUUUGUGGCUCUGAUCUCCACGUUUGUUUGGUCUUUUAUGAAUAAGCCAUGCAUCACAGCCCCUUCAGCAUCCAGGAAAGAACCUCCCGAGAGUUAAAGGAGCAUUGUUUCUUUUUCAAGCAUUGUGUUCUCAUUUCUCCUUGUCUAUAUUCUUGCUGGGAUGCUGUGGCUUUCCUUUCCUUUUCUGGUGCUGGGUAAGCCCUCCUGCUUUUUACAAUUUCCCCACUUUUUUCCAAUAAAAGUCUUUUUACAAAAA